AUCGCCGGCGUUCAAGGAAACCCGUGAAAUUUUCGGGUGGUUUUAGUUUAGGUUAUUCUAACUGCUUUAUGUUGGGCUAAAUUGCAUCAUGUCUAUAUCAUAGCCAUAGCAUCCGUUGUUAACACAUAGCAAAUUUUGGAUACAUUAAUUUAGCCACGGCCCUUGGUCGAUGAUUCAUCUUGAAAAUGAUCCCGCCGACACUGUCCUGCUCGUCCAGGAAAAGAAAAGAAAACACAUCAACGAAACCACAAGAAAGUAAAAAAAUGAAAAGGAAAAUGACAGACGCCGAUCGUGUUGUUCAUCACAUCCCGAGGAUCUCUGUGCCAUUCGCUCACCUGCAGCAACAGGUGACAUUGGAUAUGCUAACAGAACUGCUGCACUUCGCUGCUCUGGGGAAAAUCAACGGUGCCAAACAACCUAGUUGGUGCCAUCUCCAUCACCAGAAGAACAUACAAGGGGUGAACAUUGUUGUCCUCAAUGGCCUUUCCCAGUGUCUUUUUUACCAACACUUCUUGACUCUGCAACAUCUCAGAACCAACUACAACACAAGGCUCACUUUCACUCCAUCGGCUACUGACUUACCAUCUGGAAUCUUCAGCAGUAAAGUGUCUGAAUCUGUGAGUUCAUGCUUUGCUCAAAGGGACCAGGAAAGCAAUCAGCUCAGAGAUGUGAUGAGACUGCAUCCGAUAAUCAGGAAGUUUGGAACAGAGGUGAAGGGGCUCACAGCAUACACUCUCCCACAGGAAGAGAUGAUCAAAAAACACUUCCCUGUGAAAGGCAUGCCGGGCUUUGAGGACUUUGUGUCUACAGAGAGUGAUGACUGUGUAACAGACAGAAGUCCUCUCUAUGGAGUGGACUGUGAGAUGUGUUUAACUGAACAGGGGUACGAGUUGGCCCGCGUCUCUCUGGUGGAUAGCAGUGGCAAAUGUUUGCUGGACGACCUGGUGCGACCUCCAAACCGUAUCCUCGACUAUCUCACGAGGUUUUCCGGAAUUACCGCGGCCAUGUUGCAGCCAGUCACCACCAUCGUCAAGGAUGUUCAAGUAAAGCUUCUGAGGCUGUUGCCCAGGGAUGCAGUCCUGGUCGGACAUUCACUGGAAAAUGACCUCAGGGCUCUUAAAUUGAUUCAUCCCCAUGUGAUCGACACCGCACUGCUUUACAAGAAAGAAUUUGGACAGCGGUUUAAACUCAAGGUCCUAGCUGAGGCUGUUCUAGGGAAGCAAAUCCAAACCGAAGAGCAGAAUGGUCAUGACCCUAUGGAGGAUGCUUCUGCUGCUCUGGAGUUGGCCCAGUAUUUUAUUAAGGCAGGACCUCGAAAGGUUGUAGAGUGCCAUAUCGAUGAGUUAUGGGGAGAGAGUCUCACUGUAUCUACGCCCACUGAUGUUCAACCUGCCCCGAGUAGCAGGUUUGCUGAUGUGCUCCAAAAGUCUGGACAGACGGUGACCUUCAUUGGAAAACGCGCUGACAUCACCAUUAAUCCAUCCAAUCAGCAGUGGCACAGCUCAGACAAGGAGGUGCUGGCCUCCUUCAGAAGACAGACGUCAUGGCUAUUGUUCUCAUUGGUGCAGUUCUCUUCAGUCUCAGAACACAUGAAGAACUCCGGCCUACAACAGGAACACCACCACCAAAGAUUACGUGCACAUCUGAGGCAAAUGUGUGUGGUGUUUGCGGGGCCGUUCCCAUCCGGGUUCGGGGAGAGGGAAGUGAAGAGGCUGUUUCGCUGCUGUGGAGCUGUGAAGUGCAUCAGAAUGCUACCUACCUCGCACAGGAUGCAUGCAGAGAUUGAGUUUAGGCUUCUGGAGGGGGCUGUGCUGGCAGUCCAAACACUAAGUGGACACAUUGUGCAUGGACAGCACAUUCGGGUCCAGAGGCCGGUCAAUGAGUCCACAUUGGAUCUUGAUUUAACCCUUGAUGCCCUGAAGGAGGACCCCCUCAACGUGAACCAUGUCCACGUUAUGAGGCUCAAACCUAUCGUGAACCCCUCCCACAUACUGCCUCACACGAAUGGACACAUGCCAGUACCAAAUGCUCCAGGUUCACAUUGGACGGAUAACGACACGAAACCAGGCGAAAAUGGGACCACGACGAUAGAUGCUUACAAUUCAACGGUGGCUGCUUCCAUCAAUGAGACUCUAAUGAACGGUUACAAUCAGCUUCCUCAAGGUCCUCCUGCCUGUGCACUGUCUGAGAAUGAGCUCAACGAGGUAUUUGGCCACUUCGGUGUGGUCAAGAAAAUCCUGCGGCCCAGCAAACCCAAUGGAAGACGAGCAAGACAUGCGAGUAUAAAGUUUCAGAGUCCAGAGUGUGCAGCAGCAGCCCUGGGUUCUUCUGAGGAGCUCAGGGACCAGAGGUACCUCGUCUGUCCCUCUCUUACCCCGGGUCACCUGCGGUCAUGGGCCCAAGAGACCACAACAGAGAUGGAGGAGGUGGCCGUCGAGGGGAGGUUUAGCAACAACACCAUUACGGAGAACAACCCAUUGGAUGGAAAAAUGGAGGGCGUGAUGAAGAAGUUGGAUGAUCGCCUGAGAAAACUUUUUAAAUCCCUCCCAGACCGCACCUUGUCUGUUGUAGUUCUUCCUGGACAAUCUAGCCUCAAUGGCCAUUAUCCUGGUCUGUGCUUCCUGGAGGUCAAGAAUGUCUCCUUGUGAGUGGGCUAGGACAGCCAUCUGCACCACCUUCCUGACAAGAAUCUAGUCAACGAGUGGCCUGAAUAACCGCAAUACAAAAUGUACACUGUGUGAUGUUUCCUUUAAAUUAUGCAAAUAAACAUUUUAAAAAG